AUUUGAAUACAGAGAAUAUUUAAGAGAUUAAGGCAAAAAACACUGAACAUUUCUGGGAAAGGAGAGUGUUAAUUGGCAAUUUUUGUCCUUUAAUCGCUGAAAUAUUAAAUUAUUUCCUAGGAAUCCAUUUAGUUAAUGUGCUCAUUUAGGUAGGCAGAAUGACCAGGGUUUCUUUUGUGUUCAUCUUGUUGUGGGGAGCACCCCACAGAAGAAGUCUUCAGUUGCUCACACCAAAUCAAGUGGCCAUUGUGGAAAGAGAAAUCUUCUGGCCCCAGAAGCUACCUCUCACUCACCAUGUCAGCAGUGAGAGAAGCAAAUUCCUAAGCCACCACAGCGUGGCAGUCUGUGAAGCACUGCCCGGGAGAUCACCUCCCCAUGGAAGUGGCCAUUCAACCUUAGACAUGCCUCAGUUUUAGUCCUUUAAAAGAAAAAAAAAUCUGCUGGGGCUGUAGUGGUGCACACCUUUAAUCCCAGUACUCGGGAGGCAGAAGCAAGCGAAUCUCCGUGAGUUCAAGGCCAGCUUGGUCUGCAGAGUGAGUUCGAGGACAGCCUGGUCUGCAGAGUGAGUUCCAGGAGAGCCUGGUCUGCAGAGUGAGUUCCAGGAGAGCCUGGUCUGCAGAGUGAGUUCCAGGACAACCUGAGCUACCCAGAGACACCCUGUCUCGAAAAAAAUAAAUAAAUAAACUAUUCCAGAACCUAGACCGCUUUCCAGAACAUCUCUGUGGAUUCCCAGGGCUUAUACCCCUAGAAGGAAGAUGGCUGAACUCAACACCCAUGUGAAUGUCAAGGAGAAGAUCUAUGCAGUUAGAUCCGUUGUUCCGAACAAAAGCAAUAACGAAAUCGUCCUGGUGCUACAACAGUUUGAUUUCAACGUGGACAAGGCCGUGCAAGCCUUUGUGGAUGGCAGCGCAAUUCAAGUUCUUAAAGAAUGGAACAUGACAGGAAAAAAGAAGAACAAUAAGAGGAAAAGGAGCAAAUCCAAGCAGCAUCAAGGCAACAAAGAUGCUAAGGACAAGGUGGAGAGACCGGAGGUGGGGCCCCUGCAGCCACCGCCGCCGCCGCCGCAGGUACCACUGAUGCAGAACGGGCACAUGAACGGCUGUGAGAAGGACGGCUCUUCCCCUGACUCUGCCAGAGAAAAACUGGCCCUCACACCACGUGAGAAAAAGAUCUCAAUACUGGAGGAACCACCGAGGGCUCUUCGCGGGGUCACAGAAGGCAACAGACUACUGCAGCAGAAAAUGUCCUUAGAUGGGAACCCCAAACCUAUUCAUGGACCAUCAGAGAGGUCAGAUGGUCUACAGUGGUCAGCGGGGCAGCCUUGUAACCCAAGCAAACCCAAGGCAAAAACAUCUCCUGUUAAGUCCAAUGCCCCCGCAGCUCAUCUUGAAAUAAAGCCAGAUGAGCUGGCAAAGAAAAGAGGCCCAAAUAUCGAGAAAUCGGUGAAGGAUCUGCAGCGCUGCACUGUUUCUCUGACCAGAUACCGCGUCAUGAUCAAAGAGGAAGUGGACAGUUCUGUGAAGAAGAUCAAAGCAGCUUUUGCUGAACUACACAACUGCAUCAUUGACAAAGAAGUUUCACUGAUGGCGGAAAUGGAUAAAGUCAAAGAAGAAGCCAUGGAGAUCCUGACUGCCCGUCAGAAGAAAGCGGAAGAACUGAAGAGACUGACUGAUCUAGCCAGUCAAAUGGCGGAGAUGCAGCUGGCCGAACUCAGAGCAGAAAUUAAGCACUUUGUCAGCGAACGCAAGUACGAUGAAGAGCUGGGGAAGGCUGCCCGCUUCUCCUGUGACAUCGAGCAACUGAAAGCUCAGAUCAUGAUCUGCGGAGAAAUCACACAUCCAAAGAACAACUACUCCUCAAGAACCCCAUGCAGCUCCCUGCUGCCUCUGCUCAACGCGCACGCAGUCACUUCCGGGAAACAAGGGAACUUUGCCCGGAAACCAUCCAAUCACAACAAGCCCUCUGAGGGGAAAGUGGCAAACCCCAAAAUGGUGAGCGGUCUUCCCAGCACUGCCGAUGCUUGUCACCAGACCGUGCCGGCUAACAAGCAGAAUGGACCUUCUAGCCAAAGGCGAAGGUUUAAUCCACAGUAUCACAACCGGCUAAAUGGUCCAGCCAAGUCCCAGGGCGGUGGGAAUGAAGCUGAUCCCAUGGUGAAGAGCAACAACCGCCAUGAACACAGAAGACCACCGCACAACGGCUUCCGUCCCAAAAACAAAGGCGGAGUCAAAAACCAGGAGGCCCCCUCGGGGACCAAGGCCCCGGAGGCCCCGACACAUUCUGAAAAGCCCCGUCGAAGGCAGCAUGCGGCAGAUAACUCAGAAGCCAGGCCUUUCCGCGGUCAUGUGGGUAGGGUUUCACAGUGCAAUCUUUGCCCCACGAGAAUAGAAGUUUCCACAGAGGCCACGGUUCUCUCGGUCCCAGCUGUGACGUUGGUGGCCUGAGCUGGGAAAGGAAAGGAUCAGGUUUUGGCCUGGUUUCACUUCCCCGCCUGAGGUGCUGACCCCAUUCGCUGCCAAAAGAGAGUAUCCAGUCGGAAUAUACAAGCCCCGUCUGUCGGUGUUGUUCUCUCUCUCUCAAUCAUUUUUACUAAUCCCAAUAGUCUGCUCUAGCUUGCUUCGUUCGUGACUCCCAUGGCUCUGCUUGACCUGUUGUCGCUUCUCCUCAUCCAGACUUCGCAUCAUUUUAGCCAGGCAGUAUUUACCCGUCGUUAGGAAAAAAAAAAAAAAAUCAAGAUGUGGCUGAAGAUCAGAGGCUCAGUUAGCAACCUGUGUGGUAGCCGUGACGUCCAUCCAUUGGUUGUCUUUAGAGAGUUAAUGUUGAGACGUUGAUCAGACAAACGUGAUCUGCUGAAGACACAUGUGCUUUUGUAGAAAUUAACAUCCGGUGUUUUUCUGAAAUAUAUAUAAAUAUAUAUAUAUAAACAUAUAUUGCUUUAUUUGAAACAAAUUAAAAUAUGCUGCAUUUGA